AUGAAGUUGCAUAUCUAUUCAAGUGGCAUUGACAUGUCGUUCAAAGUUAUAUAUUUAAGGAACUUCGUGUUCCCAGGUUCCGGUCCUGUUUUUAUCAUCAGCAUCAGCAACACAUCCCAUCAACCGCGUCAGCCAGCUCAACUUUUUACUCACAGCAUCACCACCAGCAAGCUCUUCCAACACAACCUAUCAACACCCAAACCAUCAUCCCUAGCCUCAGCUUUUAAACUUCAACCCAUAACCCAAACCUUCGCAAUGGCUGCCUUCGCUUCUUUCACCACUGAGCCUUGUGUCAACUAUGGCCGCUCCGGCUACAACAAGGGCAACUCCGAGGAUGAUGAGGAGAACAAGUUUAGCAACUUUGGCCGCUCGGGAUACAACAAGGGGAAUGACGAAGACGAGGAGGACAAGUUCCGCAACCAUGGCCGCUCCGGCUACAACAAGGAGAACGACAAGGAAGAGGAUGACAAAUAA